CUAAAGAAAUUCCAGUAAUCGCAGAGCUCUGCUGGCGACUGGACGUCGGGAUCCGAGAGGCUCUAACAGGAGAAGAACAAGGUAACAAGGUAAAAGUGAGAGCGCGAGCGAGCGGAAAUCGAAAGUGAUGUCGGCCAUCGUCGAUGUGAGCUACACCGGUUGGAUGCCCUCGGUGCAGUGCCUCAGUGUGCUGGUGGUGCCGGGCGUGCUGAUCAUGGUGAUCCUCUAUCUGUGCGAGCACCAGUACGACGACAUCAUCGGAGUCUCGCCCCCGGGACCCUGGGGCCUGCCCUGGCUGGGCUACCUGCCCUUCCUGAACUCCCGCGCCCCGCACAAAUCGCUCCAGGCUUUGGCCAAGCGGUAUGGGGGCAUCUUCGAGCUGAAGAUGGGCAGUGUGCGGACCGUGGUCCUGUCGGAUGCGGCUCUGGUGAGGGACUUCUUCCGCCGCGACGUGAUGACCGACCGGGCCCCACUCUACCUUACGCACGGCAUCAUGGGUGGAUUUGGAAUCAUCUGCGCCCAGCGUGACAUCUGGCGGAAUGCGCGGCGUGAGGUGAUCGACUGGCUCAAGGCUCUGGGCAUGACCCGUCGUCCUGGGGAACUGCGUGCCCGGCUGGAGAGGCGCAUCGCCCGGGGCGUCGACGAGUGCGUCCGGCUUUAUGAGGCCGAGGGGAAAAACAGCAGUGGGUCGGAGUUCAACCCGCAACCGGCCCUCCACCACACGCUGGGCAACAUCAUCAACGACCUGGUGUUCGGGGUCACCUACAAGCGGAACGACCCCGACUGGCUGUACCUGCAGCGGCUGCAGGAGGAGGGCGUCAAGCUGAUCGGGGUCUCGGGCGUGGUCAACUUCCUGCCCUGGCUGCGGCACCUGCCCGCCAACGAGCGCAACAUCCGCUUCCUGUUAGAGGGCAAGGCCAAGACGCACGCCAUCUACGACCGCAUAGUGGAGGCCUGUGAGAAGCGUCUCAAGGAGAAGCUGAGGAAGCACAAGGAGCGCCAGGAGCUGAGGCGCCAGAAGAAGAAGCUGGAGAGGGAGCAGCGCAGGCAGGAGGAGGCAAUCAAGGCGGAGGAGGCGGCAAAGCUGGAAGCUGUUGCCAAGGAGCAGGAGUCUGGACAGGAAAGGGAGCAGGUUUCUGGAGAGGAAAGGGAGCAUGAGUCUGGACAGGAAAGGGAGCAGGAGUCUGGACAGGAAAGGCAGCAGGAGUCUGGACAGGAACAGAAGCCAGCUGAAGAGAUAGAUGUGAGGCCAAAAGAGAAACCACGAGAGGAUCCAGAAGAGGAGCCAGAAGAGAGCGACGAGGACGACGACGAGGAGGAGUACGAACCACACUGCAUUCUGGAGCACUUCCUCAUCCACCGGGACCCGUACUCGCAGCUCUACUGCGACGACCAGCUGCGCCACCUGCUCGCCGAUCUGUUCGGUGCCGGAGUGGACACCUCGUUGGCCACCCUGCGCUGGUUCCUGCUCUACUUGGCCACCGAGCAGCGCUGCCAGCGCCGCCUGCACGAGGAGCUGCUCCCGCUGGGACUGGCUCCCACCUUGGCGGACCUGGAGCCGCUGACCUAUCUGAGGGCCUGCAUUUCCGAGACGCAGCGCAUCCGCAGCGUGGUGCCGCUGGGCAUUCCGCACGGCAGCAAGCAGCCCUUCACCAUGGGCGACUACCACAUCAAGGGUGGAUCGAUGAUCGUGCCCCUGCAGUGGGCCAUCCACAUGGACCCGGAGGCCUUCCCCGAACCGGAACAGUUUCGCCCGGAGCGCUUCCUCAGUCCCGAUGGAGCGUAUGCGGCACCGCCGCAGUUCAUCCCCUUUUCGACGGGCAACCGCAUGUGUCCUGGCGACGAGAUGGCCCGCAUGAUCCUCACGCUCUUCGCGGGGCGCAUCCUGAGGCGCUUCCACCUGGACCUGCCGACGGGCGGCCAGGUGGACAUGGAGGGCGAGAGCGGCAUCACCCUGACCCCCGCGCCCCACACCCUGCGCUUCACCAAGCUGCCGGCGGUCUACUUGCGCGAAGCACCAAAAGCGGAGUUGGAGCAGGAUUAGGUAUCAGAUUAGGUAUCCUAUUCGUAUCCCAUUUUUUUUUAUUUCUUGAACAAUUAUAUUAUAACCUUUUGUGAAUGGUGGGUCUAUUGAAUGCGUGUUUUAUUUGGGCGGGUAAAACAUUUGGGCCUUCUACAUUUAAAGGUGAGGCAUUUUCACUACAAUGAUUCGCUAAGCAUUUAAUUACCUUUUAAUGUUAAAUAAGGAAUUCAAUAAAUGAAAAGUUAUUUUAAGAUUUAAAUCAAUAGUUUCGUUCGCGUGUCUUUGAUAGAGUAUUAAAAUAAAAACGGAUUCUGAUUUAACAAAUUCCAUACAUUAUUUUAUGGUAAAUAAUUUCUUUUGUUUUUAAAUCAAACCCUUUCGAAACUAAACAUAAUAAAUCCGAGAUCCCUUGCUUUUAAAACCAAAUUCUGCGCAUUUGAGUGGCUCACAUUUCGAUGAGA